CGGCGCUGAGUAGACAAACAGGCUGCGAACGAGGCCGAGCGGGCGGGGCAGCGCCGACGCGGGCCUCGAGGAGGAAGAGGAGUGGCUGAGCCGAGGGAGGAGAGCAGGCCUCGAGGGAUCGGUCGCCAUGGCAACGGCAGACCGGUAGAGACGCCGCGGAACUGCUGCUUACCCGUCGCCCGGCUUUUAAAAUUAGUAGCUAUACUCGUCCUAUCAUUUUUAUUUUGCCAUUUCCCGGCGUCCCAUAGCAAAGAGGUUUUGACGAGGAACUUGACGAGAGAUUGCUGUAUCCAUCUUUUCAAAAAAUGUUUCAUGAAAUGAAAGAGCGGGCUGGAGGAAAACCAGAAUGCCCCCAAACAGGAUUAUAUGACGACAAUCGGGAUCUGGGUGCCUUUUGGUUAAAUUUCUGCUUACAGGAGACGUUGUUACCAGGAAAACCAUGGCAUAAGGUUUUAGAAAGGCUGGAAGCUGCUCUGGCUGCUGAGAUGAAACAUCAGCUAAAGGACUCAACGCGACGAGAAAUAGUUUUCCAUCUCCUCGGUCAAAGUUUUGUCAGAAGAUAUUUUGGCUGUUGUCCUGGUGCUUCCGAUUUGCUAUCCUCUAAGGACACGAGUGAGAUAAAUAAACUGGAAGAAGAUGCCAAGACCUGGCUACAGGAUCAGUGCUUUAAAGCGGCAGAACGCGUUCAUCACCACUUCAGCCUUGAUGCAAAAGGAUCCAAGCGGGCUCCCGAAAUGGUUCGUUUUCUGAAUGACGUCUACAACAUUGUUGUGGCAGAGACAGAGUUGCUUUUGGCCACCUGUGAAGUCCAGCACAAGGAGAAAAAGCCUCAAGAAUGUGAAGCUGACUUCAGAGUAUUCCAUAGGUCAAUGGGAAGAAACCCUCAACAGUCCUCCAUGGCCUUCAAGAGGCCCAAAUCCAUUGAAAGUAAAGACAUCCACCUGGCUUUACUGAAACGAACAUCUUCUCAAGCAAAUGGAGAAGGUUCUCAAGUAAAUGGAGAAGGUACUCGCAACGUAUUCACAAGACUCAACAUGCUGGUUCUCAGACCUGCAUAUCUUGGUGCCCACUUGUAUAUCAGCUCUUCUGGUCUCAGCUGCCCAGAGAGUGACUUGCUGGGGGAUUUGCUGGGUGCCAUAAUCGCACGAGUACCAGGGAAGCUGUCAACAGUGUGCGAAAGGCUUGUCGGAAAACUGCUUCCCAGGAGCCUUCGUCAGUUGAUUUGGAUGAGUAAACUGCUCGGGGCGGGCUCAGAAAGUUGCAAGGCCAAAACGCUGGCAUAUCUCGAGAGAGAAGCCAGAGUGAGCUUUGGACGCACAGUAGCACGGCAGGUUGCUCAACUGAAGCUGCGGACGGCUACUCGGUCGCCAGUUUCAGGUCUUAUCGAAAACGCAGUCGUGGAGAAAUACGGCAAGAUCCCCUGUCUGAGUCCUUUUGCAACAGAUGAAAGGAUGAUUUUAGAAACCAGCAAAACCUUAAAUGUUCUGUAUGUUUUCAGUGGUACCUAUGAACCAUACCUUAUUCACUGGCUCGUUCCUCUGCAGGUGGCAUUUCAGCAAACAGUGCCGACAGAUGAACACCCCUAUGAAUUAGCCAUGUACCUACAUUCCCUGCACCAGAACCUGUUCCCGAGCUGGUCAAAAGUCCAGGCCACAGCUGACUCGGUGAUGAGCUUCCUAGAGAGAGAAGAUUCCACAUUCUUCAGUCACCUUCGGAGUUCUUUCGGGAAGAAUAUCACCACUGAUGAUAAAGAUUUCUUGGUGGAUCUGAUACUUUGGGAACAAGUCAGCACUCAGCCAAUGCCAACUGUUGCCAAGGAGCUGCUGGCAAACCCAGUCUUUUUCCUUAGGAACUGGUUGGCUGAGGGAUUUGUUGGAGUGCUGAACUUACCUGCCGUGCUGUUGGUCUGGGAUCAGCUCUUCAUGCAAGACUGGAACAUAAACGCGAUGCAGAGUUUUUGCGCCUCGAUCCUUCUGUUGUUGAAGGAUGCAUUCAUGGCAGCUGACGACUACCCUGCAAUCAGAGAGGUAUUUCUCAUGUAUCCUUCUCGUCUUCUCACGGCUGAUAUUCAGAAGGCCUGGGUUCACCUGAAACAAGGAGGUUUGCCCGAUGACGUUCCAGGGUUUAACAGUCUGAGUCAAAGACGCCUGCCUGGGGAAUACCUCAACUACCAAGAUCAGCAAUUCAAUGCUAAUUGAAAGAAGAGCGUCUUACAAUCUCUGUGGAAGUUAGAAGAGGAUUUGCCUCCGUCGAUCCUUUUGGAGACAGUAAUGUAAAAUCUAGGGGUGUUUUUAAAUUUUGCAGGCCCACCAUUUCAAGAUCCUCCCCCCUUGCCUGGCAGUUUUCCUCUCUGGGAAUCAAACCAGCAGCGUUUUGACAUUAUUUUUGUUUCCUUGUGCUGAAAUUUCUCCUACUAAAUAAAUGUGAUUCUUAAUCUUA